UAGUCCCACAUAAACACAUUCACAGAUGUCUCUCCACGCGAAGAGCCAUCUCCCCCGUUACGACAGCACAGCACAGCCUGCCUCUGUGACAACCGGCGAGUCACGGCAACAGAGACAGAGAUAGACAGAGAGAGAGGAAGAGAGAGGGAGGGAGGGACAGAUAUAGAGAGGAGGAAAAGGACGACCACGGAGCAAAACACAUCGCCGUCUCUCUCUGACAUCCCCCCUCAUUCGUGUGCAUCUGUGUGUGAGUCUGAGCUGAGGAGUGAAGGAAAGAAAAUUAAGGCUGGGAAAUUCUCCUGCUCUGUCUUUUAUUUCCCCUCUUUUCUCCAUCCAUCAUCCAAGGCUUGACUACCAGUGUCAGCUGCCACAGCGGGAUAAAAUAAAGGGAUGCUCUGAAUGCUGCCUCUGUCUAUGACAAGGCACACAGAGAAGCAGAAAGAGACACAACAAGCAGGGACAAAAGCAGGAUUUUGAUAAUGAAUGGGAGUCCUUCCGCAGCAUGUGGUAGGAAUAGCAGUCCGUCACUGAAGUCUACGGAUAAGGAGCCUGCCCUUACAACGUGACAGUGCACAUGGUCUGGAUGCCACCAGCUGCACUGUUAGCCCUGCUACGCUCCAGAGCCAAAGUUCCACUCCUCUUCGUCACCAGCCACAGCGCCCAUCACUACCGCUCUCCAAGUUUGUCCAAUUAAGGGAUGUGUGAGGACUAAGAGGCCAGGGUUACUAGCAGACCACACUAGAAAGAAACAGACGAGAUCCUUGCUGGCUGCAGACGGGCCGAACACUGUUGAUUGUCUCCGGGUGGUGUUUCCUGGCUGUGUGAGGAGGAGGCAUGGCUGGCUGAGAUGUCGUGGACGAUCACACCACUCUGCUCCACGUGCUGCUGCUGUGCGGCCCCUGCUCCUCCAGCUGCACCACUGAUGGUGCCAUGAUCCAGUUCUAACCGUGGGUAAUGAAGAGACAUAAAACCAAUCCUGGAGAUGCCGAAGAGAAGAGACAUUCUUGCCAUCGUGUUGAUAGUGUUACCGUGGACUCUGCUCAUCACCGUUUGGCACCAAAGCGCAAUCGCUCCGCUGCUUGCCAUCCGAAAGGCCUGUCACCACCUAGUAAAAGAGAUCUUUAUCAUACCAGAGAGGCUUGCAGUCCAUCGACACCGACUCGCAGAUGAUGGAGCCGACGGAGGGCGGAGGGAGGCGGGCCAGGCCAGCGACUCUAAGGAGUACUGCUCCUCUGAUAAGGACAUAGUGGAGGUGGUGAGGACGGAGUACGUGUACACGCGGCCGCCGCCAUGGUCCGACGUGCUGCCCACCAUCCACAUCAUCACCCCCACCUACAGCCGCCCGGUCCAGAAGGCAGAGCUGACGCGGCUGGCCAACACCUUCCUCCACGUGUCCAACCUGCACUGGAUACUGGUGGAGGACUCUCAGAGGAGGACCCCGCUGGUCACACGCAUGCUCCGGGAAACGGGCCUCAACUACACCCACCUGAACGUGGAGACUCCCAGGAACUAUAAGUUGCGUGGGGACACGCGGGACCCCAGGAUACCCCGGGGCACCAUGCAGAGGAACCUGGCGCUGCGCUGGCUCAGAGAGACCUUCAACUCCAACAGCAGCCAGGCAGGCAUUGUCUACUUCGCUGAUGAUGACAACACCUAUAGCCUGGAGCUGUUUGAGGAGAUGAGGUCAACAAGGAAGGUAUCUGUAUGGCCCGUGGCCUUCGUUGGUGGUCUGCGGUACGAGUCGCCCAAGGUCAACGCAGCGGGGAAGGUGUACGGCUGGAAGACUGUGUUCGACCCUCACCGGCCCUUUGCCAUCGACAUGGCGGGCUUCGCCAUCAACCUGCGGCUCAUUCUCUUCAAGCCCCAGGCCUACUUCAAGCUGCGGGGAGUGAAGGGAGGCUACCAGGAGAGCAGUCUGCUUCGGGAGCUUGUCACACUCAACGACCUGGAGCCCAAAGCAGCUAAUUGCACUAAGAUUCUCGUUUGGCACACUAGGACGGAAAAACCUGUCCUGGUAAAUGAGGGAAAGAAAGGAUUUACAGACCCCAAUGUGGAGAUUUGAAGUUGUCUCCUUGGGCGAUGGUGGUUGUCUAAUAUGGACCCUGAGAAGAAAAAAAGACCAUCUCCCAGUGCAAACAGUGUUCAUGUCUUAUCAUCUCAGAAAAGACUGCCUCAGGGGCCAAAUCCUAAUCCCCUUGACUGAAACUAAACACUUUUAAUAUCGGGAUUAAAACAGUACAAAUGUAUCAUAUUAAAGCACAGAUAGUACAAGAUGGCAAUAUUUAUCAGGUUAAAUGUUGCCAGCAGCACCAACAUGAAGCAGAUGGUGAGAGCUGAGCCAUUAAGGAUCAAUGGGAGAUCGAUGCUCUCUGAACCUGCAUGGCACCAUACUGCAUCUGUAGUGUCCUAACACGAGACAGCACAACCAACAUUGCAGGGAGAGAGGGAGCUAGGCAGCCAAUGAGAUGGAAUGUUACUGGCCUGAACAGGCUAAUGAGAUAUCCAUUGGCUUUCCCUCUAUAGACGAGGAUCUACAGGGGAGGAGAUGAGAUCCUGAGAUCUUAGUAGGGUCUGUAAGAGACUGAAGGAUCUGAUUGGACCCUGAGUCCCGGAUACCUUUAAUAGACAUGUACUGAAAUGGCCUCCACGUCUUCAGACCUAAUAAUCAUGGAGAAUCCGAACAAGUAAUCUCUCAGAAGAUCAAUUCUACUUUCAGCAAACACUGAAAGUUCAAAAAGGGAAGGAGUGUCCUUUUUGUAUAACUAAAACUAUGUUUUCUUUUAUUUAAAAAAAAAAUGUUUUGUGUGUUUUCAUGCAUUUUCUUGCUAGUUCAAUACUACGGACUGACUCAAGGCCUCCAUUUUGAAAGCUAAAGCUGGGGCACCAUCCAUUUUCAGUGUCAUUCUCAGACAAUUCAGUGUACUGAAGCUAUUCACUUGAAAUAACUGACAUCAAGAUGGGCUCCUAACGCUUGGGAGACACAAUAUUACAGGUCAAAGUCCCAAAACUGAAAUUAGCACUUCAAAAGCGCCAGUGACGGUGAUCCUAAAUGGCAACACAUGUACAUACUAAUUUAACACAGGAACAAUUAGAGGACUCAUAGUAAGGUCCUCUCAGAUAAAAUGUAA